AUGGUGAAAAGAAAAUCGUUUGAGGAAUAUCGUACAUUUCAGGACGAAUGGACCGAAGAAUUUGCCUUUGUGGAGAGGGCAGGUUCUGCGGUGUGUCUAAUUUGUAAUGACAAAAUUGCAUCAAUGAAGCGGUCAAAUAUGAAGCGGCACUUCGACACACGACACGCUACCUUUGCAUCAAAAUACCCUGCGGGAGACAGCAGAAAGAAAGCGUGCCAAGAGCUACUGAGCAGGGUGCAAGCUAGCCAGCAGCAACUCCGCGUAUGGACCCGGCAAGGUGACUAUAAUUCCGAUAGCUUUGCUGGAUCUUUAGCAAUAGUGAGGAAUGGAAAACCAUUCACAGAUGGUGAGUAUGCUAAAACAUUCAUGCUGGAUGUAGCCAAUGAACUUUUUGAUGAUCUUCCAAACAAAGACAAGAUAAUUAAACGCAUACAAGACAUGCCUCUGUUGGCAAGAACUGUUCGUGAUCGUGCCGUCAUGAUGGCAAACCAAGUGGAGGAAACACAAGUGAAGGACAUACAUGCAGCGCCGUUCUUUUCCCUGGCUUUGGAUGAGUCAACAGACAUAAGCCAUUUGUCGCAGUUCAGUGUGAUUGCAAGAUAUGCUGCUGGUGACACACUGCGCGAAGAAAGUCUUGCUGUACUGCCAAUAAAAGGGACCACAAGAGGUGAAAAUUUAUUCAAGGCUUUCAUAGAGUUCGCUCAAGAAAAAAAUCUACCUAUGGAUAAACUUAUCUCAGUGUGUACUGAUGGUGCUCUGUGUAUGGUGGGGAAAAACAAAGGAUUUGUGGCGCUUCUCCGUGAAAAUGAAAAUAGACCCAUCCUAAGUUUCCAUUGCAUUCGACACCAGGAGGCACUUUCUGCUCAGUUGCGUGACGGGCAGCUUGGCGAAGUGAUGUCGUUGGUCAUUCGUGUGAUCAACUUUAUUGUUGCCCGAGCCUUAAAUGAUCGCCAGUUUAAAACACUGCUGGAUGAAGUUGGAAAUAACUAUCACGGUCUGCUUUUGCACAGCAAUGUGCGCUGGUUGUCAAGAGGGAAGGUGCUUAGCCGUUUUGCGGCUUGCCUGAACGAAAUCUGGACUUUCCUUGAAAUUAAAGGCAUCAAGCAUCCUGAGCUAACUGAAACUGAGUGGCUCCUCAAGUUUUACCAUCUCGUGGAUAUGACUGAACAUCUGAACCAGCUCAACGUGAAAAUGCAAGGCAUUGGAAAUACAGUGUUAUCCCUUCAACAAGCUGUGUUUGCUUUUGAAAACAAGCUAGAGCUCUUUAUCAUGGAUCUUGAAACAAGUCGUUUACUACAUUUUGAAAAACUGAGACAAUUUAAAGAUGCAUGCACAGUAAGUGAGCCCACUCAAAACUUUGAUCUCCACCCGCUGGCUGGCUUCACAUCCAGCCUCCUACAGUCGUUCAAAGCACGCUUUGGAGAGUUUCGUGAGCACACUCGUCUUUUUAAGUUCAUCACCCAUCCAAAUGAGUGUUCACUGAACACAGCCGACCUGAGUUACAUUCCUGGUGUCUUCGUCAGAGAUUUUGAAACAGAAGUGGCUGACCUGAAGGCCUCAGAUAUGUGGGUGAAUAAGUUCAAGUCACUGAAUGAAGAUUUGGAAAGGAUCGCCACGACAGAAAGCUCAUUCUCACAUCUUAAAAACAUCAAGUCCAACCUACGAUCCCGUUUAACGGAUGAAAGCCUCAAUGCUUGCAUGAAGCUUAACCUCACCGAGUACCAACCAGACUACAAAGCCAUCAGCAAAUCCAUGCAGCACCAGAAGUCACAUUAA